AUGCGAAUUUUCCAGCUACUGGACAUCUUACAGGAACGGGGUGAACCUAAAUUUCUGAGAAGUCUAUUUGUUGAUGAAGACCCAGAAAUUAGACGAUCAGACGGAUUAGCAGCAAAAAAUAAUGUCAUGUUCAAAAUUCCUAAAUUCUCGAGUACCAUUUAUGAAUAUUCGUUUGUUGUUUCGGCUAUCAGGUUCUGGCAAGAUUUGCCACCUGAAAUCCCAAAUUCUCUUAGCUUAGAAUCAUUUAAAUCGAAGCUAUUUGAUUUUCUUUUCAGUUUAGAUUAA